AUGGUCGUGUCUCUGAGAGCGGCGCAGCCCAGCAGCCGUUCCUUCCGAAAGGGAUACUCGUAUAGUACUUGCUUUCGUCCGAUAUAUGCAACUUCUUUGAACCCGCCUGUCGAUGCCUUUUCGGACCUGCCUCCCUCAAAUCAGCUUGUACACGAGAUUGGCGCUUCCGCGGACCCUUCUUCUUGCGAAUUUUGGUGUUCGUCCAGGCUUAAGUCUCGCCUGAACCAACAACCCUUCCCUCAGAUAAAGGUUCCAAAGCCGUGGGCUCCCAUAGCCGGACGCGGUAAAGGAGACCCCAAUGCGGAUCCAAGCUCGUCGCCUCCGUCGCAGUCGGCGCAAGCCAGUGGCCGGGAUGGCUUUCCCAGCACUGAAACGAGGGCUUUAGAGGGGUUGUCGCCAGCCCAUAUGAGCCCGUCGAAUUACCUGCUAGACACUAUCCAGAAGAAGACGCCCAACGACUCGAAGUACGGCAUAGAGAAUUGGGCCAUUUCUGAAAAGUCUCCCAAACCUCUCAGCACCCCUUUGACAUGGAAGCAACGAAGGCAUUCGCAGCAAACGGAGAAAAGGACUCUACAAAAAGUUACUGCGGAUUUCAUUCAAUUCGUGGGUCCGGUCUUACGAGACAGCGAUUACAGACCCGAACACGAGCUCUCUGCAUUUAAACUCGACAAGGCCCUAGUAAACGUGGUUCGGGGUUCAUACAUGGAAUAUUUGGAAAGCCGACAGUAUGAUAUUACAGAUGUGAUGGCUUGGGCGUGGGUGCUCAUGAGUACUACUACGUACGAGGCCAUCCUUCGCAUUUUCUGCCUGGAGGCAUAUGGAUCGGUGGACAAACCCAUCUCUCACCGAAACGUUCCCGUCUUUAUUCCACUCAUGCUCCUGCGACAGGAGACUGAUUUGAAGACGUUCCGAUUACUGCUGGUGUACUCUCUUUACCUCAUCAUUGGUCGGCCAAUACCUCGGCUCAACGACUGUCUUCGUUUUUCAUUGAAUAACUCGCUAUACAACGAUUCUAAUGACCACCACGCCAAUGAUCUGCCUAGAAUAGAUGCUAGCACCUGCGCAACUAUCGUUGUCCGCUUGCUUUCUCAUGCUCGACGACUGUGGCCGGAAGCGCAGCUUCCUAUUGCACAGGCAUUCGCAUUCUAUCUCCGCACACAAGAUUCUCAGCAUAAUCGCUUCUUAAUCAAGAAGCUAGAUAGAUUUAUCCAGCUUCUUGCUUUACCUCCUGGACCGCGCCCCUUUAUAUCGGCCUCCAUACGGCAACAAGCACAAUUUGAGUUGUUGAAAGCUAUGGCAGAAAUACACCCCGCUUCGCCAAUCUCACGGAGAGGUUAUCAAGGUCUAGCUGCAGUUCAACUAGCUCAUAGGAAGACGGCAGCCGAACGCGAGUUUGCAGAAUUGAAGACGCCCUCAUGGCCCCCGUGGAAGGAGGAAAGGUCUGGCAUGGACGCCGACAAGGGCGUGGAAGGUACGAGAAGCCGCGCAUCGCGUGUGCUCUUGCAAAUGAGGGAAGCAGGCCAUUCAUUUUCUCUGUGGGAAGACGUCGCAAAUAUAUUGGCAGGGUGGGAUACGGACAAUAGUCCAAUGAUACAAACAAGGGCGCUGGCGCGCCAACCGAAACAUCUUUACGGGCUUCCCAAGCAGGAAAAUCAUCGUGCUAUCUGGGAAGCCCGAAUUCGCUCCACGAGAACUCUGCGGGAGGCAUGGGCGGCUUUCAUGGCCUAUGAAAGCCGAGGACUUCCGCCUCAUCGCGAUGUUUAUCAUGCAAUGGGCGAAAGGCUCGUAUUUGUGCAGAAGGAACGAAACGAGCAAAAGGCCAAGAUCAAUCGAUCUCUUCAAACCAGAAUUGCUUUGCCUGGAGAUGGUCCGGAGGUUUUUCCAGAACCUGCAUCUGCACGUGACUGGAUAUAUACCCCCACGGAACCGCCUACACUCUAUGUCUUCCUUAGGAGAAUGCUUUCCCAAGGAAUCCGCCCGUCUGGUCGGUUUUUGGCUUUGCUUUUGCACCACGCGCCGAGAAUCACCGUGGCCCUGGAUUGCCUUAGCGUCAGCGAUCUGACGAACCAACAGUUGAGGGUGUUGUUCAGUCUUGAUACAGAAAUAUCGGACACUGAUGCGGAGUCUAGCGAGGUGCUGGAUGCAUUGCCCGAGUAUCUCUUUGCGGCCUUUAUCCGCUUGCUAUGCAAAUUUUCUACCGUCACUAGGAAGUCCACCCGGUGGGUGGACGAGCCUAGAUCCUCAUAUGCUUUUCCCAUUCUGACAAAUAGCUGGCAAAAAUCUGAUGGCGUCCUGCUGAACAGCUGGUCAAGGUCCCAGACACGCACUCCAACGCUCUUCUUGUACACUGCUAAGAAAUGGGGCGUGGCGAAGCCUUUGUACGCAAUGCUUUUAUCCCACGCAGUAAGGUUGUUGCGGAAGCGAAAAUCCCAGAAGCCUCAAGCGUGGAUUCAGCUUCUGGCAGGUCUUCGCUCACAACGCAUUGUCGGUGAAUCUGAUUUUAGUCGUCAUGUUCAAAUGAUUAUUGCUUGGCAUGAGAUCUUGGAAGUCACCAAGUGGUUGGAUGAGCGCAACAUUGAGCUUGGCCCUGAUGGGUUUCAGAUCCUUUGCCAAAGUUUCUCGGCCGCAGUGACCGCUGGGGUAAUAGCUGAAGAAGCCACGAAGAAAGGCUUGGAAAUAGUGCAUAGAGCCGCGCAGAGAAGCAAAAAUCAGCCAGACGUUGCUCCACCAAGCUUUGAGGAUCUUGUUAGUCGCGGUCUAACCACCCUCAAAAGCCAGUUUGACCGGCUUGUCCUCUUGGAGCCAAAAACAUUUGUCUUGUUCGACACCCUCAGCGGAUCUCUCGAAAAGCAAACCGGGUCGCAGGUGGCAGUGCCGACCAUGAAUCACGUUCCGGCCCCUGCUAUUCUUCAUGCGUUCGUCAGGUCUCUCGGGUUAGCGGAGGACUCAGAAGGGCUGCUAAACCUUCUUCGGUGGAUGAGCAAGCACGCGAUGACCCUCAAACAGACGUCGGAUGAGUAUACGAACGGUGAUUUGCUGAUGCGACGCACCGUAGUCGCAGUCCGCAUGUUUCUCGAGGGAUAUUGGGGAAGAAGACCAGCGCCCGCAGCCUAUGAGCCUGACACUGCGGACUACGUUACACCCAGUGACUUUGAUGUGCCGAAAUUCUCAGAUCCAGCUCUGCAAGAGGCGUAUGACAUCGUCACGGAAACAGAGGUCUGGGGCCCUUGGCCGAGCGAUGAAGAAGUUAGGGACUAUUUCGAGCAUGGGCAGCAAUAG